UCGAAGAGCAUGGUGUUUUUAGUUGAAUCUGUGAAGGGAAAUUGAAGGUUUCCUAGUUAAGAAGAAAUAAUUUCAAAUGAAUAACUGAAUAUAGAAGUAGUAUUAAAUAUAUAUAUAUAUAAGUAUUUUCAAGAAUCAUAUAUGAUAUAAAAGUUGUUGGUAAUGUAAAUAUGAGUAGAGGUUACUUUCAGUGAAAUUACAUAUAGAUAUAUUUAUAUACAAAUUAUCUAAAAAAUAAAAAUUAAAUUGCAAGGAAAAUGUUAGUUCCUGUAUUUACUGUAAAUGUUAAUCACAAAAUAUUACCUCAUAGAGUCACAAUUGGAUUAUACGAUGGAAUUAAUCCAUGUAUUACAGCUGUAACUUCUUCUGAUAAGAUAUUUAUUCACAAUCCACAUGCUAAAGCACGGCAACUUGGAGGAAGACAAACGACUGGAUCUUCAUCAGAAAUUAGUCUUUUAAAUAUAAAUCAGACUAUAUCAUCUGUUGCUGCUGGAAGAUUAAAACCUGAUGCUGCAGAUAUUUUGAUUGUUGGAACUCCUACAAAUGUUUUGGCCUAUGAUGUAGAAAAUAAUACAGAUAUUUUCUAUAAAGAUGUAGCAGAUGGAGCAAAUUGCAUUACAAUUGGAGAUUUAGGUAAUAGACAUAAACCUUUAGCUUUAAUUGGUGGAAACUGUUCAAUUCAAGGAUUUGAUCAUGAAGGAAAUGAUUCAUUUUGGACAGUGACAGGAGACAAUGUGAGUUCAAUGUCAUUGUGUGAUUUUAAUCAAGAUGGUUUAAAUGAGUUGCUGGUUGGUUCAGAAGAUUUUGACAUUAGAGUAUUUAAAGAUGAUGAAAUAAUAUCUGAAAUGACAGAAACAGAAGCAGUUACUGGUCUCUGUCCAAUAUUAGGAGAUUAUUUUGGAUAUGCCUUGGCUAAUGGUACUGUUGGUGUAUAUAAAGGAACUGAAAGAUCUUGGAGAAUUAAAUCAAAAAACCAAGCAAUAUGUAUAUUUAAUUUUGAUAUUGAUGGUGAUGGUGUUCCUGAACUUAUAACUGGAUGGAGUAAUGGAAAAAUUGAUGCAAGAAAUGUUCAAUCAGGAGAGGUUGUAUUCAAAGAUAAUUUUUCUCAUUGUAUUGCUGGAAUUGUUAAAGGAGAUUAUUUAAAAAAUGGACAAGAAGAACUUAUAUUUUGUUCAGUUGAUGGAGAAGUUAGAGGCUAUGGUGCAAGUACUACAGAAAUGAGACAUCACAUAUUAGAUGCAAGUUUUGAACAAGAAACAAUCAAAGAAUUGAGUCAGCGAAAACAGACUCUCUUAUUGGAACUUAGAAAUUAUGAAGAGAAUUCAAGAAUUGGUAGUAGUGGUGGAACAAGGACUUUGAAUAAACCUAGCCAUGAAAAUGAUAAUUAUGGUGUUAUUCCUGCAAAUACACAACUGAAAACUGCACUGUCUAUAAAUAGUGGAUCUGAGAACAAAGCACCACAUGUUGAUAUAUCAUUACAAACAAGUAAUGAUACAAUUAUAAAAUCUGUAUUAAUUUUUGCAGAGGGUAUAUUUGAUGGAGAAAGUCAUGUAGUUCAUCCAAAGGAAAAUCAGUUAAGUUCAAUAGUUCAUAUACCUCUUUUUCCUCCAAAAGAUAUUCCCAUUGAUCUUCAUAUCAAAGCAUUAGUUGGAUAUAAGACAAGUGUGCAUUAUCAUGUUUUUGAAUUAACUCGUCAACUGCCAAGAUUUUCAAUGUAUUCAUUAUGUACAGAACCUAUCAAAGAAGAACCAAAAAGUUAUGUUAAUUUUAUCAUUAAUGAUAGAAUACAAAGGAUGGUUACAUGGAUCAAUCAAAACUUUUUACUAUCAAAUGAAUAUGAAGUGAAAGGAGAUGUCAAAAUAAGUUUUCUUUCACUUCGCACAUCUCAGUUAUUAGUAAUUAAAAUGGAUAAUUCUGGAGAUGUAACAGUUAUGACAGAUGAUAUGGAAAUGGCUGGUGAUGUAAUUCAAUCAAUGGUUCAGUAUUUCAACAUUGAUGAUCUGCAAGUGACAGCAGAAUUUCCUCAACAAAUAGAAAUAUUAAAUAACUUAUUAUCAAAAGUAGAAGAGUUGCAAUCUGUUCGACAAAGGCUUUCAGCAGACAUGGCUGAUAAUUCAGGUGCAAUUCGUAGUUUUGUUAUCCAUGCUGAAGAUGCUCGUCUAAUGGGAAAUUACAAAGCUAUGAGAAAAUGGUAUCAGGAAUUACAUGCUCUCAACCAUGAGCUAAUUAGCAAUUAUAAGAUACGAUCUAAUAAUCAUGAGGAGCUUUUGAAUUGCUUGAAACAAAUUAAUCAAAUUAUUCAAAGAGCUGGACAUCUUAGAGCUGGAAAACCCAAGACACAAGUUAUUGGUAAAUGUCGCAAUGCUAUCAAGAACAAUAAUUUGAAUUCUUUAAUUAAAAUUAUUCAGACAGGUGAAGCUUGAAUAGAUAUAGAUGCUGAAAUUCACUUUAAUUUGACUGAUUACUAUAUGAUGCACGAUUUUUAAGAAGCUAUAAUAAUUUUUAAUUCUAUGAAUUUUCAAAUUAAAAAAAAAUUUAAUGUUUGCAAUAAAUACAUUAUUUUAAUAAAUUAAAUUAUAUUUAUUUUGUACAUUAUAUUUGUAAAUAGUUUUAAAUAUGCCAUCCUGUCUUUAGAUAUUGGGACCAAUAUUAAUACUGUGAUAUUUUGAAACUGUUCUCAUCUGUGAUUUAUUGUAAUCAAAAAAUUUAUAUGCAUUGAAAACAAUUAAUGAAAAUAGUAAAAAAUUUAUUAUUAAAUUUUAUUAUGAGUGCAAAAACAUUUCACAGAAAUUCACUCUAUGUAAUUUUUAUAAUUAAAUUAAUUUUUAGUAGUGUGAUAAUGACUUUUUUUAGUAAAAAGUUAUGAAACUUGGUAUCAUCUUUGUAAAUAAAGAAAUUGCUAUUUGUUUUAGAAAGCCAACAAAAGAAACAUUUUCAGUUAAGAUAUGACCAUCUUCAGCUUAAAAUCUUGCAACUUAAAGUAAGCAUAGAAUGCAUUCAAACUCAUAUGUGCUAUAUUUCGAUACGUAUAAGAACAUGUUCUUAUAGAUGGGGCAAAAUCAUCAGUAUAUUUUGCAAAGUACCUUAAAAAGUUCACUAUUUUAAAACAAACUUUUAUAGUAUAAGAAGCAUUUUUUUAUAUUUUUAAUAAUGAUUACCACAGAGUUUGUUUGUUUGUUUAAGUUAUCGCAAUGCAACACUUGGGCGAUCUGCCUAGGGGAUGUCUUCCGGGAGGUCUUUUUAAGGGAAACUGGCCCAUAUUUAGGCAUUAAAGAUGUGGAGAAAACCCAGAAAACUCCACGUGGUCAGCCCGUCCAAGUGAGGCACAAACCCACAACCAAACUCCAGUAUUCAGGGUACAAAGACCACUUGGCCACUGGUGGGCUGAUUACCACAGAGAUGUCACUGAAUACUUACUUUAUCAGUUCAUUACAUGUAAUUUGUAUUGACUCAUCAAUGCAGUACUCUUGUAAGUGAAGCAAGAUGUGUUUCUAAAAUGAAAAAAACAAGUGAUUUUCA